AGGAUCCACAUAUCUCCUUCAACCUCUUAUAUACCCCUCAUCCUACCACCGUCAUCUGAAAUUAGGGUUUUAGAUUUUCUAGGUUAAAACUUCUUUCACUCUCUCUCUUCAUUUCCGCCUCUUCUCUCAUUAUCUCUCCUCGGAGAUCUGUGCAAACAUGGCGACUCAGAUGAGCAAGAAGCGAAAGUUCGUUGCCGAUGGUGUUUUCUACGCCGAGCUCAACGAAGUGUUCACCCGUGAACUUGCUGAAGAUGGAUACUCUGGUGUCGAGGUUAGGGUUACUCCUAUGCGCACUGAGAUCAUCAUCCGUGCUACCCGUACCCAAAACGUUCUUGGUGAGAAGGGAAGGAGGAUUAGGGAGCUGACCUCGAUUGUGCAGAAGAGGUUCAAGUUUCCUGAAAACACUGUUGAGUUGUAUGCUGAGAAGGUUAACAACAGGGGUCUUUGCGCUAUUGCUCAGUGUGAAUCUCUCCGUUACAAGCUUCUUGGUGGGCUUGCCGUCCGAAGGGCUUGUUAUGGUGUGUUGAGGUUCGUCAUGGAAAGUGGUGCUAAGGGUUGUGAGGUUAUUGUUAGUGGGAAAUUGAGGGCACAACGUGCUAAAUCCAUGAAGUUCAAGGAUGGUUACAUGAUUUCCUCUGGUCAGCCCGUUAUUGAGUACAUUGACUCAGCCAUCCGACACGUCCUUCUCAGACAGGGAGUGCUCGGUAUCAAAGUCAAGAUCAUGCUUGACUGGGACCCCAAGGGCAAGGUUGGACCCCAAAAGCCAAUUCCCGAUGUUGUUAUCAUCCACACCCCUAAGGAUGACGAUCUAUACGGAAGAGUCCCCGUUAUUGCACCUGAAGUUGAGCUUAUAGAACCUGUUCCAGUUCCAGUUGCUGUCCCUGUCGCUUAAUCGGAUUCACUAGGCUAGUUUACAGACUCUCUUUUUUACUCUUUUUAUGGGCUGGUUGGUUGCUGCUAGUCACCAGACUUCAUAUAAUGUUUUAUCAAGUUGACAGUGGUGUUUCUGCACGGUCUUUAUUAAGUGUUCUAUGAAAAUUUUUGUAGUUUCCAUAACUUGGUAUAUUUGAGUUCAGUAAAACCAGAUUUUUGCAA